GGCUGCGGGCUUCCAGAAGGCCGAGCAGUAGCAGCCGCCGAGCGCCUCGCCCUUGCCCCGCUCCGCCCCCCUCCUAGCCGCCUCCUACUCAUCCACCCUCUCGCCCUCUCUUCUGGAAGCGAAGCUGGUGCUGGCUUCAGUCGGUGCCACAGACCUCUGCAAACCCAGCCAGGACCUGAGAAUGAAACCCGGAGACCAGAGGACCCUUGGCGGUGGCUCUUUCUAAUAACACUUUGCCUGGAGUGGGGUCGUGGCGGAGUUCUUCCUCCACCGCUCAAUGCAAACACUAUGCGGACAGCAGUCGGCUUCCCUGCGCUGUGCCUGCUUCUUAAUCUUCAUGCUGCAGGGUGCUUUUCUGGAAAUAAUGAUCAAUUUUUGGCAAUUCGGCAGAAGAGUGGAAAGCCAGUAUUCACUUAUCAUCAUUCACAAGAUAUUGAGAAGAGCCUGGAUAUAGCUCCACAAAAGAUAUAUAGGCAUAGCUAUCAUUCCCCUUCUAAAGCUCAAAUAAACAAACGCCACCAAAUUAUUAAUUCGGCAUUUCCGAGACCUGCAUAUGACCCAUCUCUCAAUCUGCUGGCUACGUCUGGUCAAGAUCUCGAAGUGGAAAACCUUCCUAUCCCUGCAGCAAAUGUAAUUGUGGUGACACUGCAAAUGGAUGUAAACAGGCUGAACAUAACCUUGCUUCGGAUAUUCCGCCAAGGAGUGGCUGCAGCUUUAGGACUCUUGCCCCAGCAAGUGCACAUCAAUCGCCUCAUUGGAAAGAAGAACAGUGUUGAACUGUUUGUGUCUCCUAUAAACCGAAAAGCAGGAAUUCCGGAUGCUCUGCCUUCUGAGGAAGUGCUGCGUUCACUUAAUAUAAAUGUUUUACAUCAAAGUUUAUCUCAGUUUGGAAUUAUAGAAGUCUCCCCUGAGAAAAAUGUUUUACAAGGGCAGCAUGAAGCGGACAAAAUCUGGAGCAAAGAAGGAUUUUAUGCUGUUGUCAUUUUUCUCAGCAUCUUUGUUAUUAUAGUAACGUGUUUGAUGAUUCUUUACAGAUUAAAAGAAAAGUUUCAGUUUUCCUUGCGACAAGAUAAAGAGAAAAAUCAGGAGAUCCACCUAUCACCCAUUGCAUUACAGCCAUCACAGUCUGAGGCAAAGACAGUCAACAGCAUGGUCCAGCCCGAGCAAGCCCCAAGGGUGCUGAAUGUGGUUGUGGACCCUCAAGGCCGAUACACUCCUGAGAUCAAAGCUACCAACGCUGUCUGCCCUUCUCCUUUCAAAAUGAAGCCCAUAGGACUUCAGGAGAGACGAGGGUCCAACGUAUCUCUUACAUUGGACAUGAGUAGCUUGGGGAAUGUUGAACCCUUUGUGGCUGUCUCAACCCCACGGGAGAAGGUAGCAAUGGAGUAUCUGCAGUCAGCCAGCCGAAUCCUCACAAGGUCACAGCUGAGGGACGUCGUGGCAAGUUCACAUUUACUCCAAAGUGAAUUCAUGGAAAUUCCAAUGAACUUUGUGGAUCCCAAAGAAAUUGACAUUCCACGUCAUGGAACUAAAAAUCGCUAUAAGACCAUUUUGCCAAAACAAUUCCCUUUUUCUUUGCGUCUUCGUGUUCCAUUAAUUGAUGUAAAAUUAAAUUAUGGGGCUUCAAUAAUGACUACACCUACCAUCAGGAAGUUUGCAGAUAAGUACGCCUUGGUGAAUGUGCGAAGCCCAGCAGCUAGUAACAGAAGCACCGGGCUUAGAAAGAGACCGGCCCGUGUGGUGCAUGAGCACCAGCCUAUUUCACAGAGAGAAGGAAAGCCACUGGUUGAUGCUGUGAAAUGUGUGUUAUACUGGCCAGAAAAGAGAGGAAUUUAUGGGAAAGUUGAGGUUCUGGUUAUCAAUGUAAAUGAAUGUGAUAACUACACAGUUCGAAACCUUGUCCUAAAGCAGGGAAGUCACACCCAGCAUGUGAAGCAUUACUGGUACACCUCAUGGCCAGAUCACAAGACUCCAGACAGCGCCCAGCCCCUUCUACAGCUCAUGCUGGACGUAGAAGAAGACAGACUUGCUGCCACGGGCCGAGGGCCCGUGGUUGUCCACUGCAGUGCAGGGAUAGGUAGGACGGGGUGUUUUAUUGCUACAUCCAUUGGCUGUCGACAGUUGAAAGAAGAAGGAGUUGUGGAUGCCCUCAGCAUUGUCUGCCAGCUUCGUGUAGACAGGGGUGGGAUGGUCCAAACCAGUGAACAGUAUGAAUUUGUACAUCAUGCUCUGUGCCUGUAUGAGAGCAGACUUUCAGCAGAAACUGUCCAUUGAUUCUCUGAAGAUUUGAUUCUCUGAAGAUUUACCAGACCAUCAAUCUCUAGGGGUAAUGAAUCAAUUACCCACCUGAGGCUUCUGGAGGGAGCUUCCUGCAAUGGAAAGAAAAGAGAAGUCCUGAAGCCAGGCUGUGGCAUGGAUUGUGGAAGGUGGCAACACAAUUAAAGGUUGCCAGCCCCUUGUGUAUAUGAAUGCGUUUGUAAGCAUCCCCUAAAUUAUUCUGAAGGUCCUGUGCUGAUGGAGGGAUGAUCGAUUCUCACACAGCUAAGGAGGAUUUUGUUUUGUCUGUGUUGACCACACAGAAUGUUCGGAUGAAAUACUCAGAGACCUAUGUCCUCAGAUGACAACUGGAGGAGCUGCUGAAGAAACUAUUAUUGUGUGUUUAGAUGCUUUAAUGUUUGCAAAAUCUGUCUUGUGAAUGGACUGUCCGCUGUUAAACUGUUCCUGUUUUAAGUGCUAUUACCUUUCUCAGUUACCAGAAUCUUGCCGUUAAGGUCGCAAAUGAUUGAUAAUGGAUUUUUAACAAAUACGUCCUUGUUUUUGAAAAAAAAAAAUCAAAAGCAGUUCUAUUUUAUACAGAAAUGUGUCUUGAUAGUAUUACCUACUAAAUGUGUAUUUAUCAGUACCUCCUGUCAAUCAAUUACAGAGCACAAUGAUUGUCACUGGGUGUAUAUGUAUUUACUCUCUAUUAUUGGACCUGGCAGUGGUCGUUGCUCCAGAACUCCAGCCACUGCAUUUCUACAUUGUGAGUCAUUUUACUUUAAAAGGGAAAAACAAAUUUGUAGCAACUAUGAUGUAUCAAGAAUUUUAAAUAUCUGUGUCUCUUUUACUAAGAAGGAAUUUUUGAAUAUUCUGUUUACCUAGAAUCUCUCUCCCCCACAAAAAGGCAGACCUUUGGGGAUGAAGUAAACUGCCCUAUUUCUAGAUGUUCUCCAAAAGGUUGCUGCCAUGGAUAUUCUUAAAUUUCUGCAAGGUUUUAAUCCUCAAGAGACAAAUAAAGUUAAAAUGCACUCAGCAAACACUAGAUGUUCUGCUCAAAUAUGAAUUUUCAAUGCAGCUAUGUUGACUUUGUUUCAUACUGCCAAUAAACUACUCUUAAUACCAAG